AUGUCUGAAUCAACAACCAUCUCCAACACGGAGAAUCUCAUGAAGUACAUGAACCUCGACCAGCGCGGACGCGUGCAGGCCGAGUAUGUCUGGAUUGACUCCGUUGGUGGAUGCCGCAGCAAGACCAAGACUCUCUCUAAGAAGGUUACGUCCGUUGACGAACUCCCCGAAUGGAACUUCGACGGUUCCUCAACCGGCCAGGCCCCUGGUGACAACUCCGAUGUCUACCUGCGUCCCGUUGCUAUCUACCCCGACCCUUUCCGUCUUGGUGACAACAUCCUCGUCCUUUGCGAAACCUGGGAUUCGGAUGGAACCCCUAACAAGUACAACCACCGCCACGAUGCCAACCGCCUGAUGGAGGUCAACGCCAAGGAGGAGUUCUGGUUCGGUCUUGAGCAGGAGUACACCCUCCUCGGCAACGAUGGCUGGCCUUACGGAUGGCCCAAGGGCGGUUUCCCCGGUGCCCAGGGUCCUUACUACUGCGGUGUUGGAACUGGCAAGGUUUACUGCCGUGACAUCGUCGAGGCUCACUACCGUGCUUGCUUGUACGCCGGCAUCAACAUCUCUGGUAUCAACGCCGAGGUCAUGCCCUCCCAGUGGGAGUACCAGGUUGGCCCCUGCCCCGGUAUCGAGAUGGGCGACCAGCUUUGGAUGUCCCGUUUCCUCCUCCACCGUGUCGCUGAAGAGUUCGGCGUUCGUAUCUCCUUCGACCCCAAGCCCAUCAAGGGUGAAUGGAACGGAGCUGGUCUCCACAGCAACGUCUCCACCGUCGCCACUCGUGCUGAGGGUGGUAUGAAGGCCAUUGAGGCUUACAUGAAGAAGUUCGAGGCCCGUCACGUUGAGCACAUUGCUGUCUACGGUGAGGGUAACGAGGAGCGUCUCACUGGCCGCCACGAGACCGGCAGCAUUGAUAAGUUCAGCUACGGUGUUGCCGACCGUGGUGGUAGCAUUCGUAUUCCUCGCCAGGUGGCUAAGGAUGGCAAGGGUUACUUCGAGGACCGCCGCCCCGCCAGCAAUGCUUGCCCUUACCAAAUCACUGGUAUCAUCGUUGAGACUCUCUCCAAUAAAUAG